AUGUCGGUCUCUCCCUUGAGAGAUCAUAUGCAGCUGGAUUCAAAUGAGAUUCAACCCCAGAUUCAAACCCCCAAUAGAUCCCAGCGACUCAAGUUUCGAGCCUCCUGUGACCCUUGUGCGGCAUCCAAAGUACGCUGCACCAAAGAGCAGCAUGGAUGUUCGCGCUGUACCAAAAACGGUCUAAAAUGUGUUUAUGGUCGAUCGCAACGGAAGGGUAAACCCCCUUCCAACAAAUCUGCCUCCAUGCAACAACCUUCUCCGUCUCCUCCGUCUCCUCCUCAGGUCCCAACACCUUCACUGUGGCCUAACAACCGAGAAGCCGUUCAUCACUACCCAAAUCCCCACCUCAACACCAACUGCAUCUGGUAUAGAUCGAAUAUGCUAUCAGAGGCCAGCUCCCAGAAUCAAAAAUCAGAUAAUUCUAUGACAACAGGAGGAGAAGGAAACACCCCAAGCAGCUUAGAUUCACAUCAGCCGCUGCCAGACCGUAAUAAUACACCACAGACGUCUAUAAGCUCGGGGCAUAUGUCAUGGCCCAAUCUGGAAGAUGCGGACCCCUCGACUUAUAGCGGUGAUUUCGACCCUCUUCCGAUGACCUUUGCCUCUGAAGAUCAUAUUCAUUUAGACUAUGAUGACAUGAAUGGUGUUGAAAAAGCAGACGACAAUGAUGAAAGAGAAGAGGAGCGAGAGCGAGAGAAUGCCAAUGAAAAUCAGCAUGAACCAUGCAUUACAGUAGCAUGCCGGGUUCUCUCUUCGCUAUACGAAUUCGUACGCUGCGACUGUGUAAAUGGUCACUACGGCAACAGCGGCUCGUCCAACCAAUGCAAAGAUCUCGCCCAAGCAAAAGAAGGUCCUAGGAGUGAUAUUGUGUUUCGCAUUACCCAAUCAGCCACAGAGGAGGUGUCCCGAUUGCUGAAUUGCACGGGGAUUAUCUGCGCCCAGGAAUUGCUGGUUCUCAGCGCGAUUCUCUGCAAAAUCCUCACUUGGUAUCAAGCACUGUACCAAUCGGAGAUUUCCCGCUUUUUCUCAGACCAGACACAAGACGCUCACCUUACUACUUCAAUUGACCCUCAUCAUCAUUCGAGUGGUGGGACAGAUGGCCAGUCAAAUGGUUCACGACAAGUCGACGGCGGUGACUCAAUGUAUAGGGUCCCAUUGAUCAUUCCAUUGAGCACAGGGGGCUUAAAUGUUUCCCGUGCCACGGAAACGAAGAUGAAGGCUCAGCUUUUGCUAUGUCAAGUACAAACUUUACACCAAGUAUGUCAGAGUCUUGAUCGUCGGGCUCAGGCAGCUGAGGAUAUGCGGGGAGAAAAGAGUUUAUCUACAGGGUCCAAUGCACAGCUCUUGGAGAAGGUACGCGAACUUCAACUUGUAUUGACAAACAUCUGUACGCAGUCGCCGGAGUAUAAUAGUUAG